AUGGCGGUGGUGGUGAUGCCAAUGGUGGUGAUGGCAAUGGCGGUGGCGAUGGUGGUUUAUGGGGGAGGUAGUGGUGGAGGAGGUGGUGGUGGUGGUGGCGGUGGCGAUGGCAAUGACAGUGAUGGUGAUGAUGCUGGCAAUGGUUGUGGUGGUGGUGACGAUGGGGCUGAUAGUAAGGGUGGUAGUGGUAGUGGAGGUGGUGGCGGUGGCAGUGAUGGUGCUAGCGGUAAUAGUGGUGACGGUGGGGGCGGUGGUGGGUGGUGGUGA